CACUCCAUAGGUGAGGAGCAGAAAGCUAGUGGUAGGCAACGAACAGGUCCAACGUCCGAUCCCAGUCACUUAUGUUCUGUCUCCAUAUAGUGAAGACGAAGUUGCCUUCUCAUACGAGGGUCGACAUAAAAGGCAAAACCAUGAAUUCUCCGGGCAUGCAGAGAUCCACGCCACACAAGAAUAAUGCCAAUGUCGAUGACAUUGUCGACGUUCUUGAGGAGCUCCAACAGGUGCGUUCCAGUGGAUGUGCGAAGGUUUUACUCCAAUUCUCUUUCAAGGCAAUUCUUCAUCGUAUCACGCAGAGAUUCGAGGCGUUAGGGAAGAGGUGCGCUUCGGGCGCAACACUCUGUUAUCCGAGGCUGCUGAGGAUUUGUUGCAUAUGCGCAACGAGAGGUCAGUUCCCUAUGGUGUCAUUGGUAUUUGGGCCCACUGACCGUCGUGCACUGGGCAGUGUCACUCAUUUCAAUCACCUGAUCGACCUCGAAGCAGAAUACGCAAAGUUAGGUAGGACUCUCGCAGACGGAUACGAGCAGCUCCUCGAGAAGGUCAGGACAUUCGCUCGGACUGGCGCGGAUGGUGGGAGAUCACGACCGCGGAGUAUGAUUCAGCGAAUGCCGGUCGACCUGGCCGCCGUUCCUGCAUGCUUUCGUCCUAGCAACUGAUGCGUUUAUGAAGCCCAGCCAUAAUGCCUCGAUGACCCGUAGAACGAAUAUUUGUGUGCUUCCAAUGCAGAAUGUUGGUUGUAGAAUAAAUCCGUCGAGUCUGAGAAUACGAAUGCAACCGACCACUGCCAGUCUGGAUGAUAGUACCCUGUUCACGAGAGUCAGAGAGCGAGCCCGACAUUGACGCGUCCAUCAGGUGAUCGUGCAUGCUCUGUAUCAUCUACC